UUGUGUAGAAGCUUUGAGUUCGCAGUUUUGUUGACCCGACUUUUAAAGCUAGAUUCUUCGGUAAGUUUAAGACCCUUAUAGGGAACUUGCAGACCAAAAAUCGACGGAGAAGCAACAAACCCGAAGACACCAGCUCAGAGGUCUGCUGCUAACAGGAAGUUGUUCACGUGAUUUAACAGAUAAAGUUCAGGAUGGACAGGAAGCAGUGUUGUGUGAAGCUGUCGGUUCAGCCAUCCAGAGGGCUCAUGGAUGAGAAAUUCAUUGUCCUCGUCCAGAAUGCCCUGCCUGGUUCCCAACUGACCAUCCGUGCCCUGCACCGGUGUGAAGAUGGACACAGCUGGGAAGCGUUUGGUCACUACACUGCUGAUACCACAGGGACCAUCAAUGUUUCAGAAGAUCCCAGUAUAGGUGGGACAUAUUCCGGAGUCGAACAGAUGGGUCUACUGUGGAGCCUCAGACCAAUUCCAGGCAGCAAACCUGGACUGAGGAUGCGAAAGAAGAACAUCCAGACUCCCAUGGAGGUCACAAUUUCUCUUUACCAGGGUCACCAGACAGAGGGCUUUGCAGAUCUGGUGCCACUCUCUGGUGUGGUGGUGGAGCGCUGGUAUAUGGCACCUGGUGUGCGCAGGAUUCCAGUUACAGAAGGUGGACUCGCCGCAGCCCUUUUUCUGCCCUCGGGUCCUGGACCUUUUCCUGGCCUGCUGGAUCUAUGGGGGGGUGGAGGGCAGUUGGUGGAGUACCGUGCAGCGCUCUUGGCCUCUCAUGGCUUCGCUAGUAUGGCCAUCGACUACCUGACCGCUGAAAUCACCAUGGAAACUGGAAAGAUGGUGGACAACCAGUAUUUUGAGACAGCCUACAGGGUCCUGCAGCAACAUCCUCAGGUCUGCGGCAGCAAGAUCGCCAUGAUAGGUCUUUCCUUUGGCACCAGUAUCACCCUCAAGAUGGCUGUUUACUCUGAAGUUAUAAAACUCAGUGCUGCAGUUUGUAUCAGUGGGAGUCAUGUGCAGCCAGUUGAUGGAUCUGUGGAAGAAAUAUUGAGAUUCUUUCAGAAAAAUGGUGACAAGACUCGCUUCAGUGAAAAGAACGAGGUGAUCUGGCGAAAUCUGCUGUUGCCCAUCCCCACCGACCCUUCACUCAAAGUCAAUGUGGGACGGCUACAGUGUCCUCUGUUGCUGGUUGUAGGUGAGGAUGAUCAGAACUGGCCAUCCCUAGAGUCUGCAUUGGAUAUUAAGGAAAUGAUGGCACGAGAGGGGAACAGUCAUCUGCUCACGGUCCUGUCAUACCCAAAUGCAGGUCACUUGAUCGAACCGCCCUACACACCUCAUGCCAGAUCUAGCACCUUCAAGACCGUUGAAAUAGAGGAGAAGGUGAUGUGUCUGUGGGGUGGACAAACGGUGGAACAUUCUCGAGCUCAGGAGGAUGCCUGGAAAAAGAUCCUGGUUUUUCUCAGAGAGAAUCUGUAUGGUGGCAGAAACCCUACCUCAUUUUCUCACCUUUAGUCAAGAUGAUGACAUGAGUUCCAAAGUGAAUCCAAGGUGAAAAUAUUUGCCUAAAGGCAUAGUUAGGUGAGGUGACAAUGGAAGCUCUUCUGUGGCAAUCAGUAUAUAAUGCAUUGCUAUGAAGAUAUUGAUUAUGACCUUUGGAUUAAGUUUCAAUAUUACUUAUCAAAAAUGUCUUCUUAAUAAUGACAAGUGGUGAAGGAAUUUUUCAAACCAUUCCUUUAGGAAAAGAAGCAAUAAAAUACUGAAAACACAUCAGUACACAUAAAAAUGUACUACUGAAAACUGUGCAUUAAGACUGACUAUAAGUUUAAUGUCCAGCAUCAAAUUCUAUACAUCAUGUCUGCAGUAGUUGUCCUGUGGGGAUCUCUGGAAAAAAAUUGUUUGUGAAAAAUAAAUAUGUUGGCCUGUGUUUCUAAAGUGUAUUAAAAUGUUAAUAACAAAUAAAUGCUGAA